AUGCUAAAAAUCAUUAUUCCAACUAUAAUACUAAUCCCCCUUACUUGACUGUCCAAACCCACCAUAAUUUGAAUUAACUCAACAGCCCACAGCCUGCUAAUCAGCCUUAUUAGUCUAUCCUACCUUAACCAAUUCAAUGACAACAGCCUCAACUUCUCAUUACUCUUUUUCUCAGACUCACUUUCCGCACCCCUACUAGCACUAACAACCUGGCUCCUACCCCUAAUGCUGACAGCCAGCCAAUACCAUCUGUCAAAAGAAACCACUACCCGAAAAAAGCUAUACAUUACCAUACUUACCUUUCUCCAACUAUUUCUAAUUAUAACAUUUACUGCCACAGAACUUAUCAUAUUUUAUAUCCUAUUCGAAGCCACACUCGUACCCACUUUAAUUAUUAUCACCCGAUGAGGUAACCAAACAGAACGACUUAAUGCAGGACUGUACUUUAUAUUCUACACCCUAGUGGGCUCACUACCUUUACUAGUCGCACUAUUAUAUAUCCAAAACACAACUGGCUCCCUAAACUUCCUAAUCGCACAAUACUGAGUCAAACCUAUUUCAACCACUUGGUCCAAUAUCUUCCUAUGACUAGCAUGCAUAAUGGCCUUUAUAGUAAAAAUACCCCUGUACGGACUACACCUAUGACUCCCCAAAGCACACGUAGAAGCCCCUAUCGCCGGAUCAAUAGUCCUAGCAGCCGUACUUUUAAAGCUAGGGGGCUAUGGAAUAAUACGCAUUACUGUACUACUAAACCCUCUAACCGGUCAAAUAGCAUACCCAUUCCUAAUAUUAUCCCUAUGAGGCAUAAUCAUAACAAGCUCCAUCUGCUUACGCCAAACAGACUUAAAGUCUCUAAUCGCAUACUCAUCAGUAAGUCACAUGGCCCUGGUAAUUGUAGCAGUACUCAUCCAAACACCAUGAAGUUACAUAGGAGCAACAGCCCUAAUAAUUGCCCACGGACUCACAUCAUCCAUAUUAUUCUGCCUAGCAAACUCAAACUAUGAGCGCGUACACAGCCGAACCAUAAUCCUAGCACGAGGACUACAAACCCUAUUGCCACUAAUAGCUGCCUGAUGACUACUAGCCAGUCUAGCAAACCUAGCUCUUCCACCAACCAUUAACCUGCUAGGAGAACUAUUUGUAGUAAUAGCAUCCUUUUCAUGAUCCAACAUCACCAUCGCCCUCAUAGGGACAAACAUCAUCAUCACAGCCCUAUACUCUCUAUACAUGCUAAUCACGACCCAACGGGGAAAACAAACAAGCCACAUUAAAAACAUCAAACCGUCAUUUACACGAGAAAACGCCCUAAUAGCCCUGCACCUCCUCCCACUACUACUCCUCUCGCUCAAUCCUAAGAUCGUUCUAGGACCUAUUUACU